GAGUGCGCUGCAGAGCGGAUUCACACUCGAUCAUAGAAAAACAAAUAAAAAUGUAACUUUAAAUAUGCUCGUUUACGUUAGGAUUUGAAAAUGCGAAAGUUCCGAGCGGCGUCAGGCGCUUCGUUUAAUUAACACACCGUUGUUGAUAUUUUAAUUUUGAAGAUAACCAUAUUUUAAAUAUUCAAAUAGCACUGUAUUAAAAAAUACUUCAGUUCCAGACCGUUUCCCAACAAAUAAAAGAAGGACUGCCUUAUCCUGGUGAAAGCAAAGUUAGAAAGAUGGAGUCUGUUUUCAUUAAACAGGAGGAGGUUCUGGAAUUGGUACCUGUCCGCAUUAAACAGGAGAUGACUGAACUGGAGCCUGUCCACAUUAAAGAAGAGACUGAACUGGAGCCUGUCCACAUUAAAGAAGAGACUGAACUGGAGCCUGUCCACAUUAAAGAAGAGACUGAACUGGAGCCUGUCCACAUUAAACAAGAGGAGACUGAACUGGAGCCUGUCCACAUUAAAAAAGAGACUGAACUGGAGCCUGUCCACAUUAAAGAAGAGACUGAACUGGAGCCUGUCCACAUUAAACAAGAGGAGACUGAACUGGAGCCUGUCCACAUUAAAAAAGAGACUGAACUGGAGCCUGUCCACAUUAAAGAAGAGACUGAACUGGAGCAUGUCCACAUUGAAGAAGAGACUGAACUGGAGUCUGUCCGCAUUAAAGAAGAGACUGAACUGGAGCCUGUCCACAUUAAAGAAGAGACUGAACUGGAGCCUGUCCACAUGAAAGAAGAGACUGAACUGGAGCCUGUCCACAUGAAAGAGGAAGAGACUGAAUUGCAGCCUUUCUACAUUGAACAGUCUGUUGAUUUGUUGUGUAAGGAUUCAGAAAACAUAUCCCGUUCAAAGAUAUCACAUCAUUGUUCUGAAUGUUGGAAGAGCUUCAGUCGAUUAGGAAACCUAAAAACACACCAGCGAAUUCACACUGGAGAGAAGCCGUAUCACUGUACUGAAUGUUGGAAGAGCUUCAGUCAUUCAGGUCACCUAAAAACACACCAGCGAACUCACACUGGAGAGAAGCCGUAUCACUGUUUUGAAUGUGGGGACAGCUUCAGUCGGUUAGAAAACCUAAAAAGACACCAACGAAUUCAUACUGGAGAGAAGCCAUAUCACUGUUCUGAAUGUGGAAAGAACUUUAGUUGCUUAAAAAGCCUACAACUACACCAUCGAAUUCACACUGGAGAGAAGCCAUAUUACUGUAAUGAAUGUGGGAAAAGCUUCACUGAAUCAGGACAACUAAAAACACACCAACGAAUUCACACUGGAGAGAAGCCGUAUCACUGUCUUGAAUGUGGGGAGAGCUUCACUGAAUCAGGAACCCUAAAAACACACCAACGAAUUCACACUGGAGAGAAGCCAUAUCGCUGUACCGAAUGUGGGAAGAGCUUCAGACAGUCAAGCACCCUAAAACGACACCUGCAAAUUCACACUGAAGCCAGCCUCCCUCCCUCCCAGUCCCUCACCUCUCCACCCUACAUGUUUGAGUGUGUGGAGAGCUGACUAAUUCAUUCUCUCUCUCUCUCAUCCUGCAGUAAAUGAAGGGGGUCCCCAGGAGUGAGAGCUAGCUUGAAUCCACAGACACAGAGAAGGGGAUCAUGUCAAACUGAAGAGACAGAUCCAUUCUUUCAGAGUGAACUGGACAGCCCUGGGAUUCAGCUCCACUCCUGCCCCUGAAUUGGAAAUGAAUCUCACUCAUCAUGCUGUGAGGAUUUAUGACAGUUUCAGGGUCAUUCUACUUAGAAGGGAGACAUUGGAAAUAUAUGCCAAGCUUUUUCUCUGAACACUAUAUAUGUUUGAUGCAACACAUUAAGCUGCCAGUAUCAUAUAUAAAGCUCUAUAUAUCAUUAAUUUUUUUUGUAUCUUGACUUUUCGUAGUUUUUUUGUGACUUUGUAGACCUAGCCGUGAUGUAUUAAAGUAAUUUUCAUUCCUGUAACUUCGUUUCAUCCUUUCUGCGGUAGUUUAAUUAUGAAUGUUUGUUUCAAACUACGUUUGUAUACAAAUGCUUACCCUUCAUGUAUUAUCAUUUUUUUUCCUGAUUUAAGACUUCGGAUUGUGCCUGUUAUUUUACGCAUGCCUCCCACUGGUGUAGA